CGGGGCGAUGGAGGACGUCAGGGGAGCGCGUGCGCCGCCGCUGGCCGGGCUGGCGCUGCAGCGGUUGGAAGACCAUGGCUGUGGCCGAAGGACUUGGCGCGGCGCGCGCGGCUGUUCUCUCUGUGGGUGCCGAGGCCUCCGUCCGCUCCCGGUCAUGAGAGAAGACCGACCCCUGAAGCAAAGAAAUCUGGAUCAAAGAAAAAAUACUCAAGGGCCAUGCAAGCCAAUUGUAACCAACUGCACAGUUCUUUAGGAACUGCAGGUGGUGAGGAUGCAUCAACUUCCCAGUGUGUCCAUGCAACCAGACUGGCUGGAGAAGGGUCUUGUCUUCAUUCCGGAGAUGUUCAUAUCCAGAUAAAUGCCAUACCUAAAGAAUAUGUUGAAAAUCCAAGCUCCAGAAAUACAAGGUCAGGUGUCCACAGCUGUGCUCACGGAUGUGUACACAGCCGUUUCCGGAGUCACUCCCACAGUGAAGCAAGGCAGCCCGAUGACACUGCCACGGAAUCUGGAGAACAUGGAAGCAGCUCCUUCUCAGAAUUCCGUUAUCUUCUCAAGUGGCUGCAAAAAUGCCUUCCCUAUAUUUUAAUUCUGGGUGUCAAACUUUUUAUGCAACAUAUAACAGGGAUUUCUCUUGGAAUUGGGCUGCUAACAACUUUUAUGUAUGCAAACAAAAGCAUUGUAAAUCAGGUUUUCCUCAGAGAAAGGUCCUCAAAGAUUCAGUGUGCUUGGUUGCUGGUAUUCUUAGCAGGAUCUUCUGUACUUUUAUACUAUACGUUUCAUUCUCAGUCACUUUAUUACAGCUUAAUUUUCUUGAAUCCUACAUUGGAUCAUUUGAGCUUCUGGGAAGUACUUUGGAUUGUUGGAAUUACAGACUUCAUUCUGAAAUUCCUCUUCAUGGGCUUAAAAUGCCUUAUUUUAUUGGUGCCUUCUUUCAUCAUGCCUUUUAAAUCAAAGGGUUACUGGUAUAUGCUUUUAGAAGAAUUAUGUCAGUAUUACCGAACUUUUGUUCCCAUACCAGUUUGGUUUCGUUACCUUAUAAGCUACGGGGAAUUCGGUAAUGUAACUAGGUGGAGUCUUGGGAUAUUGCUGGCUUUACUCUACCUCAUACUAAAACUUUUGGACUUUUUUGGACAUUUGAGAACUUUCAGACAGGUUUUACGUAUAUUUUUUACACGACCAAGUUAUGGAGUAGCUGCCAGCAAGAGACAGUGUUCAGAUGUGGAUGAUAUUUGUUCAAUAUGUCAAGCUGAAUUUCAGAAGCCAAUUCUUCUCAUCUGCCAGCACAUAUUUUGUGAAGAGUGCAUUACCUUGUGGUUUAACAGAGAGAAAACAUGUCCUCUGUGCAGAACUGUGAUUUCAGACCGUGUAAACAAAUGGAAAGAUGGAGCCACUUCAUUACACCUUCAAAUAUAUUAAAUGGUAUAAAUUAUUAGGGCCACAAAACACUAAUGUGGUUAGUGACUGUUGGUAAAGGUAUUAGAAUACAUUUUCAGGGCUCGACAGAGGCUUCCAAGUCAUUCUAGACUUUUACAAGUCUUACGUGUAUAGUUCAGUUUAUCAAAAGAGUAAAUGAAAGAACCCUAGAAGUAUAUAAUAUUCAGCCUAAUGAUAUGCAAUUUAUUACAUCCUUAUUUGACAUGUAAUUGCAGUGUUAAAUUGUAAAUGUGUUUUCUUAUUACCAGAAUGGCAAUUAGAAACUAGUACUUUGAAAGGAAUUCAGGUAUUCUUUCCUGACACUGUUUUCAGAAAAAGAGUAUUUUUCACCAUAUUUUAAGAUAUAUAAUCCAAAAGAAUUUUCAACAUUGACUUUUAUAAUUCCCACUCUAAAAAGUACUUAAAAUUUUCAUAAAAUUUGUAUUUUUGAAUGAAAGUUCUAAAUACUAUAUUUUACUUGUAGUAAUCACUUUCUAAAUGAAGAUUGGUUUACUGAGGAUGAUAUAUUUUAAUAUUGCAUUCUCUAUAGUAUGAUUAGUAAUCAGUGAGAAUAAAUGAUUUAAUUCAUUUGUUUGA